CUUCAACCUACCUUAAUUUUUUUCUCGUUUCACCUCAACAUCAAUUCGUCAUUACUUGACCUACCCACCUAUCCGCAUACCUUGUUACGCCCCUCUUUAUCCUCAGACGAACUCACCCGACCUCGACCGACCUCCCACCGAUCAAGAACAAACAAGAUGACUCAAGAAUACCAACCCCCACCUCUCCCCCCGCCCUUCCACCACCACAACCACCGCACACAAUCAACAGCUACCACCACCACCACAAGCACUACAACGCUACCCCCGCCGAUCCUCCUCACGCAGGGCGCCGAAGCCCAUCUCUACAAAACGCACUACCUGAACGCGACCACCCACCCGGCGGCGCUGAAGAUCCGGCCCUCCAAACCGUACCGCCACCCGAUCCUCGACCGGCGCCUGACGCGCCAGCGCAUCCUCCAGGAGGCGCGGUGUCUGGCCAAGCUCGUGCGCGAGGGGGUGGCGGUGCCGGCGCUGUACGCCGUGGACUGGGAGGGGCAGACGGUGGUGGUCGACGCCGCCACGGGGGCGGAGCGGUACGGCGGGGCGUGGCUGCUGAUGGAGUGGGUGGAGGGCGACGUGGUGCGGGUGGUGGUGCAGGCGUGGGAGCGGGCGAUGCUGGCGCGGUUCGCGGCGGCAGAUCAGCACCCUCGGCGGCGACAGGCCGACGGGGAGAUGGAGGUGGAUGGCGACCAGGGCGACAACGGGCAUGUGGAGCGCAAGCGCGAGGAGGAGCGGAUGAAGGAUCUGCUGCGGCGCAUUGGGGCCGCCGUCGGCCGGUUGCAUGCGGCCGGGGUGAUCCAUGGGGAUCUGACGACGAGUAAUCUCAUUCUGCGGCCCAAGAAGGAGAGCGGGCAGGGGGACGGGGAGGGGGAGGGGGCAGGCGAGGUGGAUCUGGAGGGUGAGGUCGUGCUCAUUGAUUUUGGCCUGGCGAGUCAGAGUGUCCAGGAUGAGGAUCGCGCGGUGGACCUGUAUGUGCUCGAACGCGCGUUUGGGAGUACGCAUCCCCGCACGGAGGCGUUCUUCGCGGAGGUGCUGGAGGGGUAUCGCGCUAGUUAUCGCGGGGCUGCAUCGGUGUUGAAGCGCUUGGAGGAGGUGCGCUUGCGCGGGAGGAAGAAGAGUAUGUUGGGCUGAGGAGGCUUGUUUCGUUUACCUGAAAAGGGGAGGGGGGUUGCUUUGUGUGGCGGGGACUGGGUUGAUGAGGAUAGAGGAAAUGGAUAGAACUAUGCUUCAUUCAUCAUCACUAGGUUU